CUCUAAAACCCAUCUGUUUGUUGUUCGGGCCUUCCACGGUGUUCACAAAAGCAUCACGUCUCAGAGGAGUCGAUGUUCUUUCUCUCCUGUUUUUUCACCGUCCGCCUUUCGGAUCCCUACGUUAUCACUGGAAACGCCGUAGAGUUGACAGUUUGUGCUUUUGUGGCAGUUGUUACGUCGGGUCACUUCCUGAUUUUUUUUCCAGGCCCUUCAUAGCAAGUCUUCCUAACGUUAAUCUUCGGCAUCCGUCUUGGCUGCUAGUUCCUUUAUUAUUGAUUCUCGAUCCCAGGAGGGAAAAAUUGUCAGCUGUUUCAAUCUUCUCUCCAUCCACAACAAAUGUGUUCAAACUUCCAGCUCAUAUCAUCCCCUGGCCAAGUCGGGGAGGCAGUGAAGAUGGCAAUUGACGCCGGCUACCGCCAUUUUGACUGCGCUUACAUCUACCACAACGAGGACGAAGUGGGGAACGCCAUCCAGCAGAAGAUCAAGGAGGGAGCGGUGAAGCGAGAGGACCUCUUCGUCGUCAGUAAGCUGUGGUGCACGUUCCAUGAGAAGAGUUUGGUGAAGGGGGCCCUGCAGGAGACGCUCAGCAAGCUCAAGAUGGAUUAUCUGGACAUGUACCUCAUCCACUGGCCUUUCGGAUAUAAGGCUGGCAAAGAUGAUUUCCCUCUAGAUGAGCAGGGCAGAACUGUGUCCAGCAGCACGGACUUCCUGACACAUGGGAGGCCAUGGGAAGAGCUGGUGGACGUGGGACUGGCGAAAGCCAUUGGUAUUUCCAACUUCAACCACGACCAGAUAGAGAGGAUUUUGAACAAACCAGGGUUGAAAUACAAGCCAGCCACUAACCAGGUGGAGUGCCACCCGUACCUCACCCAGGAAAAACUCAUAAACUAUUGCCAGUCCAAGGGGAUUUCAGUGACCGCUUAUAGCCCCCUUGGCUCUCCAGAUAGACCAUGGGCCAAGCCUGAGGACCCUUCCGUCUUGGAGGAUCCCAGGAUUAAGGCGAUUGCAGAGAAGUACAAGAAAAGCCCAGCCCAGGUCUUGAUCCGGUUUCAGAUCCAGAGGAACGUGAUUGUGAUCCCCAAGUCGGUCAACCCUCAGCGUAUCGUGGAGAACUUUCAGGUCUUUGACUUUGAAUUGAGUAAGGAGGAGAUGGGAACGAUCCUGAGCUUCAAUAGAAACUGGAGGGCCUGUCGCUUGGAAAGAACUGUUUCUCACAAAGAUUAUCCCUUCCACGCCGAAUACUGAGGCUGGGGGCCAGGCUCCAGGGGCGGUUCUUGGUGUUCCUGUCUACGUGGGUAGUUGAUGAUGAUGACAGAUGUACUCUUCACUGCCAAAUAUGAGGAAGGCCGCCGGCCCAAGAACCUUGGAGCCCGUCAAGUUGCAGGGCCAGCCGUAGAUUCAUUGCCAAGUCCUUGCCCUGCCUUCCACCCAAGAAGGAUCUGCUACAGGAGGAAGACGGAGUGCCGGCCGAUGAGCCAGAAUUAAGCCACCGUGUUGUCGGUUUGGUUUUCGGUUGGGGUUUUUGUUUGGUUUUUUUUUUUUUUUUGGUCCUUUUUACAACUUCGAUUGCCGCUUCGUGGUUAACGCUUUUCAGUGCCGCCUCGGUCUGUAGAGUUGAACUUUGCUGCUUCCAAUAAAAGCUAUUCGUGUGGCUU